UCAACUCAUAUGGCCACCCAGUGGCAUAUUAAUCGACAACAGGGCCCCCACACUAAUGGCGUUUGCUGCCGGCAACUUCUUCGAGUUUCCAGGUUAUGUGGCUUUGUUUUGAAACUUUGCAAUUCAAAUUGAGUUUUUCGCCAAUAUUUGCUUCCACCUAAUAGAAAAAUGGACGAGUUUCCCAAUCCCGAUGAAGAGUUCGAGCUCAUGUACGGCGACGAGCUCGAUCUGUUAAAUGAGCAAGAUUUUGAAGGGCCUCCAGGCACGAAGCCCUUGGCGGCCCCUGCGGCUCGACGGAGCCUGAACUUCGAACUUCCUACUAGUUCCCAGGGAAACUUGAACCAGUCCGAUCAUGCAAGUGUGGAAGCGUCCAGCAGCAAAACUAGUCACCCUCCAGAUUUGACCAUCUCUACUCCACCACCAAGCGCUAGAAAACGGCUAGCUGAUGACCUGUUUGGGGAUAUCAGCGAUUUAGAGAAUCUGCCAGCACCCAAACGACUCAAGGCUGAAACCAAUGCCCAAGAGGACUUGGAUCUAAUUGAACUAAUUCUCCAAAAAAGAAACGAGUACCAAAAGAGUCACUCAACAGCAUUGACUGUAAGCACUGCGAGCACCAAGCUGCUGAAAAAUAGUGAAAGGGAUAAGAGGAAUUUGUCUGGAUCGCUUCCAAAGUUUCCGUUCAUCAAAGUGAAAACUUUCGAAGGACAGAGUGUUUAUGUUCGCUUUCAUUCUGAGGACUUUGAAAAGAACGAUACAGAGCGCAUGUUAAAGACGUGCUCGGAUACAGGAGUUAUGGGGGAUGGUUUUCAGGACAUUUGGAGCGAAGCUGAAAAACUGCUGCUCAAAGAAAAAUCCUUAGACCCGGCAUCCUCCAACAACAUGAACAUGCCGAGUUCAUCAGAGGAGCAGCUGUGGGUUGAUAUGUAUAAGCCCAAAAAAUACUUGGAGCUGUUGAGCGAUGAAGGCACCAAUCGCACCAUGCUCAAAUGGAUGAAACUGUGGGAUAAAAUCGUCUUCAAUCGGCACCCGAAAAUCAAAGUGCGUCCGCAGAUGGAGGAUGGGAAAAAAUUCUUCCGAUUCAACGAGCUGAACACCAAUCUAGACGAGCACGGGAGGCCGCAUUUUAAAGUGGCUCUUUUGUGUGGGCCGCCGGGUUUAGGCAAAACGACAUUAGCGCAUAUGGUAGCAAAACACGCCGGCUACCACGUGGUGGAAGUAAACGCCUCGGAUGAUCGAAGCACCGAAGCGUUUCGCACAACUUUGGAAAACGCCACUCAGAUGCGUUCAGUGGUCGACCAACAAAAGCGGCCCAACUGCAUCGUCUUCGAUGAAAUCGAUGGGGCUCCCCCGGCCUCCAUAGACCUGCUGGUCAAGUUUGUAACGGGAACGGCACCACUGAGAGCCAAGAAAGGCAAGUCCAAGGAAAAGACGCAGCAGAUUUUGAAGAGACCGAUAAUUUGCAUCUGCAACGACGUCUAUGUUCCUGCCUUGCGACCAUUGCGCCAAAUAUCAUUUGUCGUUAAUUUUCCUCAGACGUCCAGCGCAAGACUGGCCGAAAGGCUAAUGGAAAUUGCACGCAGGCAACAUGUUAAAACAGACGUAGGCACUAUGGUAGCAUUAGCAGAAAAGUCCAACCACGAUGUUCGCUCCUGCUUAUCGGUGUUGCACUUUUACAAAGCGCAGAACAAGUCUAUAGGACUGACGGACAUCUACAAGAGCAGCGUCGGAGCAAAGGACAUGCAGAAGGGUCUUUUUUCCGUUUGGUCUGAAAUUUUCGAAAUCAAGCGAACCAGGAAACCGUCCGGUGGCAGCCACGUGCAGAGUGCCAAGGAGCGGAUGCAAAACAUCCUCAAAAUGAUCAGUUUGUUCGGCGACCAGGAGCGGCUUGCACAGGGUGUUUACGAAAACUUUGGCCGGGCGCAUCAGAAGGACCGAUGCAUCGAAGCAACGUCAUGCGGCCUCGACUGGUUCUGCUUCAACGACAUACUGACCAAGCAGAUUUAUAGCGAUCAGAACUAUUCGCUAACCGGCUAUUUGAACUAUGCCUUUGUGGUGUGGCAUUUCGUCUUUGCCUCUACUCAGAAGGCCAAGCUCAGCUAUCCAUCCGCUGGGUAUGAGUUUCGAGUCAAAGAAACCCGCCAAAAGGCCAUCAUAGCUGAAGUGUUGCGUGGCAUGGCUCCUUCAGUGCGUUGCUACAACUCUUCACAACCGCUACUGUUGGACCUGCUUCCUCUGAUGUAUCGCAUCAUCACUCCGCCAUUGCGCCCGGUCAGUCUACAUCUCUACACUGAAAAAGAGCGCUGCACUUUGCUGAAAGUGGCCUCAAUCAUGGCUGACUACAAUUUGACCUAUCUUCAAGAGCGGAAAGCUGAUGGGGCGUAUGAGUUCAAGUUAGAACCCGAUAUUGAAGACGUGGUGAUCUUCAGGAAGGAAACGGGCCGAAAAAACCGCAUCUCAUACGCGAAUAGGCAACUGAUAGGUAGGGAGGUGGAGAUGGAGAAAAUGCGUAGAUUGGAGGCACAAAUUGCGAAAAAUUCUUCCGAAAUGCCAGCAAAGUCACGGCAGGAGAAGCAGCCCACGCCAAAAGCAGCUCCAAGCGACCGGCUGCCGAAUCAUUUGCGGAAGUUGGAGUUUAGCGUGGCUACGCGAACUUCCAGGUCGCAUAAGCCCACUGCCAAAAAGGACUUCUUUGGACGAGUGAUUCAGCAGCCUGAACCAUCC